AUGUUAAACAUAGACUACCUUGAUUCAUUAAUUGGACAGAAUAAUUCUUCAAAACUAUUAAUGGCAAUUAAUGCUAUAGGUUGUUUAGGCAUAAUGGUCAUAUUAAAAGAAUUAGAACCAAAUUAUGUGACAUUGUCAAUCUAAUAUGGAUUUAUUUUAUUGCUUGACUCUCAGAGAUCUUAAUAUGUUUUUGAAUCUUAAUAUGAUGCAUUAAUGAUGGCCUUGAUUGGAGGAUUAAGUAAUUAUUAUUAAUAUAUAAGAUGCGAUUGGCUAUUUCACUUUAUUUGCAGCACUACGUAAAAUAGAUUUAUUAGUGAUAAUGCUAGUUUUCAAUUUUAAAUCAUUGUUUGUUCACAGUAUCAAACUCUAAAAUAACUUGAGUUCAAUUUUAUUUUUAUUUGGAUUUACUUUGAAUCUUAUGAGUAAUGAUAGAAUCUUAGCUGUUUGGGCUUUAGUUUUUGGAUAAGUGUGUCAAACUGGAUCUGGAAUGAUUCAAGAACGCUAUAAAUUUCAUAUCCAAAAUCUACAAUUAUAUAAAGGAGUAUUUAUGAUAAUGAUGUCUUUAUUUAACUUUGGAUUCUAUUCAGAUAAAAUUGAAAACUCAUUUUUUGUUUAUCUAGCAUCCUUUCCAGUAUUAAUCAUUUUCACAUUUUUUUAAUGGUUAAAAUAUGAAGUGAAAAUACCAAAUGAGAUGGCUGAAAGUGCAAUUAUUGGAUUUUAAUUACUAGUAUUAUUAUUACAUCAUUCCUUCAAAAUAUUACCAACAAUCAGUUGUAUAUUCUACUUUUUAGGAAUAUUUUCAAUGUGUAUAAAGAAAUGA